GCUUUUCCAGUUGCCGCCGCACUUGCAGCUGGCCAUCCUCCAGAGCCCAGCGCAUCCAGGAGGCAGGAGGACCACAGAGGGCGCCUCAAGCGGGCGGGGCGAGUGCCACUCACCUCCCAGCCCCGCCCCCCCCGACUGACGGCCUUUAAAGAGCGGAGGGAGCUGGGGUCCGGGGAAACGAGCGUCUGGGUGCAGCAGCGGUGGAGCGCACUACCAUGUCCCUGCAGGCUGAUUUUGAUAGGGCAGCGGAAGAUGUGAGGAAGCUGAAAGCAAGGCCAGAUGAUGAAGAACUGAAAGAACUUUACGGGCUCUACAAACAAUCUGUAAUUGGAGACAUCAAUAUUGAAUGUCCAGGAAUGCUAGAUUUAAAAGGAUUAUCGAAGGAAGAUGCCAUGAAUGCCUAUAUUUCUAAAGCAAAAGAGCUGAUAGAAAAACAUGGAAUUUAGAAUUCAGCGUAUGAGAAAACUUUCCUUUUGAAGCCUUCAUAAUGGUAUCAUGACCUAACAUUUAGAGGAGAAAAUGCACUGUUAACUCAUUACAUCUCAUGAAAAUUUUUGCUAGUAACAUGAAUUAUAAUCUUUAAUUAGAGGUAUGAUGAAACUAUAUAUUUAAGGAAAUUUUACUUGCUAAAAACCAGGUGGUUUUUUUUUUUACAUUUAAAUUUAUUUAGGUUUCUGAUUCAUCGUGUGUCAAAGACUAAUCAAUAUAAAGAGAUGAUUUUAAACAUUUUCAAAAAAGUAUUGCUCUAGUAGUGUGUGCACAAAACAUUAACAAUUGUUUGCUCUUUUUUAAAAUAAAUAUAUUUUUAUUGAUUUCAGAGAGGAAGGGAGAGGGAGAGAGUGAUGGAAAUAU